AUGGAUAAAGCAUUAUUCUCUAUUCUAGUUGAUGAAGCUAGAGAUGUUUCUAUAAAAGAGCAGAUGGCUGUUAUCUUUCGUUAUGUGGAUAAGAAUGGUUGUAUGAUUGAACGUUUCUUUGGCAUUGAACAUGUUGCCAAUACUAUUGCCAUUAUACUUAAAGAAACUAUAGAUGCAUUGCUUUAUAAACAUAGUUUAAGCAUAUCAAGUUUACGUGGUCAGGGUUUCUACAGAGCCAGUAAUAUGAGUGGGGAACUUAAUGGCUUAAAGACACUUAUUUUGAAGGAGAAUUCCUCUGCUUUCUAUGUCCUUUGUUUUGCACAUCAACUUCAGUUAGCUUUGGUGGUUGUAGCAAAGAAACAUAGCAUUGUAGGUGCUUUCCUCAGAUCAUUUGGUCAUGUUGUAAAUAUUGUUGGUGCAUCUUCUAAAUGGCAUGACAUUCUUCGAGAAAAGAAGUCUCUCAAAGUUGUUCAAGAAUUGAAAGUUGGAGAACUUUCAAGUGGAAAAGGCUUAAAUCAAGAAAUUGAGAUUAAGCGUUCAGCCGAUACACAUUGGAGCUCACAUUAUGGUACGCUCAUAAACUUUACUGCCAUGUUCUCUCCCAUAAUUGAUGUGUUAGAUGAAAUUGCAUUUGACAAAGUAGGUUCUGAUCAGAAACAUGAUGCAUUUAUUUCAUUGAGGUUAUUGCAAUCUUUUGAUUUCAUAUUUAGUCUGCACUUGAUGAGGAUUAUACUUGGAAUUAGUCAUGAGUUGUCACAUGUCUUGCAAAAAGAUGAUCAAGAUAUAGUAAAUCCAAUGGAUUUAGUGAAAAUUUGCAAAAGAAAAUUGCAAGAUAUGAGGGAUAAUGGAUGGGAUUCUUUCCUAGAGCAAGUUGUUGUCUUUUGUGACAAGGAAAACAUUAUGGUUCCCAACAUGAGUGAUCAGCAUCUAUAUCUCCAACUUCAAGAGCUAAACAAUCGUUUCAAUGAGGUUAAUACUAAGCUAUUCCUUUGUUUGGCAUGUUUAAGUCCGAAUCAUUCAUUUUCUGAUUUCAACAAGCAAUGUUUGAUGCUUCUUGCUCAAUUUUAUCCGGAUGAUUUUCUACAUCAGAAACUUGUCAAGACAGGAAAGCACACGACAUAUCCAUUUGUCUAUCUACUCAUAACCUUGGCACUAAUACUUCUAGUUGCAACUGCAACAGUUGAAAGAGCAUUCUCUACCAUGAACAUCAUAAAAAAUCGAAUGUGA